AUGGUCCAUACCGAAUAUAUUAAACACGAACGGGCUGCUGAAAGUUUAGAAUCUGUUCGAGUAUUUCUUGCUGAUUUGCGCGUCUUUGAAUGCCUUUUCGAUUUAGCAAGAGACCAGCAGCAGUUUAUCUACUCCUGGAUGCAAAACUUAUGGAUAUCCGAUAAUGAUGAGACUCCACCCUGGCAGUUGCAUGGAAUCUCUAAUCGUUUGGUUGCUAAUGUGCAAGAAGUCUUGCGUUCGAGCUUAGCCGAUGCCACGAAAUUUUUCUCAGCAAUUAAAGUGUCCUUAAAGGUGUCCAAAUUUCUCUUGGAUGCAUCCGAGUUUGUUUAUUGCUUUCGAGUUUCUCAGGCAACAUUCAAUUCAAUCCAAUCUUUUUCUCCGAAACAUCCCAAAUUGGAAUGCACCAGUAUUCGUUACCAAUAUGAAGCCCUUUGUCUAAUGCUCCAAUCGAUGAAUGCGUAUUCGAUGUACAUGGAGCCAGAGCACAGGCAGAUUUUUUACGUGACGGCUCCUGAGUUCCUUCAUCGAAUGAGUCGCUUGGCUCUGAUUCUGCAGGCGAUUGCAUCAUUCGAAACGGAUCCACAGACGAGGGACUCCAGACUCUUGAUCGCAAAAGAUUUGCACUUACUCUCCCUCGAUAUCUGUGAAAAGACAUUUGGCGUGUGGAAUGUUCUAACGGCCAAGCAUAUCCGCAAUCUUGGACGAAUCUUUCAGACUCUGAAGCGCAGUACCCUGGCGAAACCAUUGUAUCUGAAGGCGAUUUCGAUCAAAGAGCGCUUUUUGGGACCAAAUGAUUAUGAGGUGGGUAUCAGCAUUGCGCUUUUGGCCAAUCUCUACAAUUACCACAUGCGCGAGUAUAAAAAGGCUGAGGCGCUCUACCUACGAUCUGUUCAAAUA